UUUUUUGGGGGGGGGGGGGUAUUUCUAAAUCAUUUUGAAGAACUAAUCAGUCCCUCCACUGUUAUGUUCUGGAUUUGCCACAAUUUGCAUGUAUUUAGAUUGUCCAGAGAAAUCAAUGCCUUAAAUUCCACAGUUUCGGUGCUGAUGAGGUGACAAACAAACUCCGGCACAUCAUAAUCCUCUUACAGAACUGGAAAAUAAAGCGGGUAAAGUAACGUAAACUGUGCUUAUAGGAGCAAAUUCAGCUGACUGAAAGUCUUUACCAGAAAAAAAACAAGAUCAUGUCCUUAAGUCCUACAAAACCCCCAAUUAGGCAAGACCAGCAGAAAUAAAUCAGACCUUCAUGUGUCAUGGAAUUGACUAGAAAAAUGCACUUUAUCAGUUAGAAAAAUUAAUACUGGUAUCAGUUGUCAUGCUGCAGAAUUUAAAGUAAAAAAAUGUCAGUUUGAUCAUCCAAAAACAUGAUCCAAGAAGUCUAAAUCCGAUAAUGGACUCAUGACAAGGAUCAUUCUAAAGACACACAUUAUCCCCACUGACCUCCAGUAAACAUGUUUAUUGCUCAGCCUGUUCGCUGGGAAAGGAGGCUUUGGGCUUCCAGCUCACCCCGGGAUUAGAAACAGCCGCCCCUGCGCACCGGUAUAAAUCCUCCCGGUGCGCCGCUUCCAGCUCAGUCUUUACGCACGGAUCCUACAGCGCGCGCGCGGAGGAGACAGUCUUGUGUUCACGGGUGGACGCGAAUAAAACAGUUGCAGGUGACAGCAUCAGCAUCAGUCUUCAACCGGACCGUUUCUGGAGCCACACAGGACCGGAUGAUGUCGGUGCAGAGCGCACUGCCGUUCAUGAAGCCGCUGCGCCAUGUGCGCUCCCCGGUGCCGCAGGGCCGUCGCCACACGCUGCCGGCCAGCGAGUUCCGCUCCCUCAGCCCGGAGGACGCCAUCAGCGUGUUCGAGAUAGAGAGAGAAGCCUUCAUCUCGGUGUCUGGAGAGUGCCCUCUCCACCUGGACGAGGUGCGUCACUUCCUCACGCUGUGCCCCGAGCUCUCUCUCGGCUGGUUUGAGGAGGGACGCCUGGUAGCGUUCAUCAUCGGCUCUCUGUGGGACCAGGAGAGGCUUACCAUGGAUGCAUUGACGCUCCAUAAGCCUCAUGGAACCACGGUCCACAUCCACGUCCUGGCUGUCCACCGCACCUUCAGGCAGCAGGGGAAAGGCUCGAUCCUGAUGUGGCGCUACCUGCAGUACCUCCGCUGUCUGCCCUACGUGCGGCGCGCUGUCCUCAUGUGUGAGGACUUCCUGGUUCCCUUCUACCAGAAGUCGGGGUUCAAGAUGCUGGGCCCCACCGAGAUCACCGUGGGACCCCUCCGCUUCAGCGAGAUGUCCUACGUGGUCCGGGGCCAUGCCUUCAUGCGGCGCAACAGCGGAUGCUGACGGAAGCGGCUCCGUCCAGAUGGAACGGCGAGAGGCUUUCUGGCUCCCGCCGGACACGGCAUGGAGACGGUUUUGUUUUUGCGUGUCGUGAAUGGUGCGGAGAUUUGGCAAACCUGAGUGAAAGACGUUCAGCCGCCAGCGAGAAGAGAGUCUCCAUAGAGCUGAAAGCAAAGAGCUGCCCUACGGCCUCCAGCAGCUGUUGGACGACAUGAUUACGACUGAAAACUCAUCAAGAUUUGUGCUGGAGGGCGAGAGAGUGAGUCGUUGAAGCAAAGAGCGCGAGCAGCAACUUCAGAUGUUUAAAAACUAGAAACAUUUGUCUUUGAAAAUGCUGGACAUUUAUUAAACUGCCUUUAUGACCUCAUCAUUCUAAAGAGUUUAUGGGUUGGGCUCUGGAACAUUAAUGCUGAAUUUGGGUCUUUAGAGCCACUCUAUGUUUAUUCUUGUACAGAUGAGAACAAAUUUGUAGUAAAGCUGUGCAAAAAGCCUUAAAUUAACACACAUUUUACUGUAGUGACAUAAUCAAAUAGGAGACAAAAUAAUCUAAUUUUUAAUUUAAGCAUUUUUUUCUGUGUGGGAAAGAGUCCAUGUUGGGAAAUACAUGUUUUGUAUGAAGUGACACAGUUAUGGGCACCCCUGUUGUUAAUACUUAUUGCAACCCUCUUUGGUCAAUAGAAGAGCACUUGUUCUGGAAAACUUUACCAGUCUGGGACUUUUCAGAGAGAGAGAGAUGUUUGAAUGCUCCUCCUGAGAUCCUCCUGAUGCCCUCUGCUCUUCAGCUCCCCCUGCAGGUUGCUGCAGGUUUUAGGUCUGGAAACUUGGAAGAAGGUAGAUUUUGAUGUCUGCUGACCCAUUUUCUCUGUUGUCACAUGCUUUGGGUCAUGCUCAAAGAAAGAAUGACGACCGAUUUCCUUAUAGAUGCAACCAGAUUUUCAUUUAAAAUGUAAUUACAUUUCAUGAUGCCCGGCUCUAAACGAGGCUCCGAGGACUUUUGGCAGAGAAACAGGCCCACAGCCUCACAGAUUGCCCACUGUAAUUACCAGUGUGCUUUAGGUGCACAAACCCACCAACAGUGUUUGUUUUCAGAAAGGAUGAACCUCAUCCAACUAAAGUUUAUGGAUCAAGUUAGAAUUCCAGUAAAGAUGAGCAAACUCCAUGUUUCUGUUUGUGAUAGUUCGAGUCUCUCUCUCUCUCUCUGGCAUGUCUCCCAAACAACUAGUUGGCAUGUAGACGGCGUCUGCUGGUUGUUAUGCAGACGUGAUGAUUGCAAUACACCACCGUGUCCUGCAUCGUGGGAUUCAUCCAAUCUGGUUGCUCACCCUACAAGGCUGUAGGUAGUGGUUAAAAAUCAGCUUCUGUGACAUUAUAUUUAGGGUGUCUGUGGCUACAGCAGGUGUCUUGCAACUGGAAGGUAGUAGGUUCCAUUCCAGUUUUCACAUGUCAGUGCGCCCCUGGGCAACGCACUCAUUAAGUCAUUAACAUUAAUGUUAAUGUAAUAACAUUAAUUGGGUGAAUGUGACAUGAUUUGUGACUAGAAAAGCUCAGUAUAAAUUCAGUCCAUAUUUCUGUUCCAUGGAAAGUCAUGUGUUUCUAAAUCUAUGAUAAGCUCACAUCUACUCUACUAAAGUUAAACAAAUCAAAUGUUUU